CAGCCCCAGAUUGCAGGGGUAAAACAAUAAAUCGAAGCUAUCGCUUUAAAUCUUUAAUCUCUGGUAGAGCAGAGAUCAUAAACUGUCAGUGGGAGCAGCGUGGGAAAUCACACAGUAUCUCACCUGGGAUUGUCUGUAAUUCAGAACCCUUCACAGUCGAUUACUCCUAAUUAUUUAUUACAAUCCAUUCUGUCUACAUAGAUAGGUCUUUCACAAGCACUUAAUAUUGUUUACCAAAGAAAUGGUGAUGGAGAAGCCAAGUCCCCUGCUUGUAGGGCGGGAGUUUGUGAGGCAGUAUUACACACUCUUAAACAAGGCACCAGACUUCCUGCACAGGUUUUAUGGGAGGAAUUCUUCCUAUGUUCAUGGAGGGCUGGACCCAAGUGGAAAGCUGGCGGAAGCAGUGUAUGGGCAAGCGGAAAUCCACAAGAAAGUCAUGUCUCUGCAGUUUAGUGAAUGCCACACAAAGAUCAGGCAUGUGGAUGCUCACGCCACACUGAGUGAUGGAGUGGUGGUACAAGUCCUUGGAGAACUGUCAAACAAUGGUCAACCCAUGAGGAAGUUCAUGCAAACAUUUGUGCUUGCUCCAGAGGGUUCAGUGGCAAACAAGUUCUAUGUCCACAAUGACAUCUUCUGUUAUGAGGAUGAAGUUUUUGGAGACUCUGAAGCUGAGCUUGAUGAGGAAUCAGAGGAGGAAGUUGAAGAGGAGCCAGAGGAGAGGCAGCCUUCCCCUGAGCCACUUCAGGAAAGCCCAAACAGCAGCACCUAUUAUGAACCUCACCCUGUCAGCAAUGGAGUAGAGGAACCCAUGGAAGAGCCAGCUCCAGAACCAGAGCCAGAGCCUGAACCAGAACCCAAAGUAGAGGAGAUAAAGCCUGAUGUUGAUGAGAAGGUUCUUGAAGAGAUGGAGGAGAAGGCACCUUCACCAGUCCCUGUGGAGUCUCCACCAAACACCCAGGAGCCUCCCAAGCCUUUCUCCUGGGCCUUGGUGACCAGUAAAAACUUGCCUCCUACCGGCACAGUCACCUCCUCUGGAAUCUCACCCCAUGUUGUUAAAGCUCCAAGCUCACAGCCCAGAGCUGAUGCAAAGCCAGAGACACAGACGGCACCUCUUCGCCCCAGAGACCAGCGCACUCGUGACAGACCGGGCUUCACUCCGCGGGGUCCCAGACCUGAUGGCGUUGCAUCUUCGGAUUCUCAAGCGGGAAAACAGCACUUGAGUUUUGUGAACAAAGGUGGCAGGGGCGAUGCAGAGUCUGGUGACAUGGACAGCAGGCGGAUCGUUAGGUACCCUGACAGCCACCAGCUUUUUGUUGGCAACCUCCCACAUGACAUCGAUGAGAACGAACUCAAAGAGUUCUUUAUGACAUAUGGAAAUGUGGUGGAACUGCGAAUCAACACCAAGGGUGUUGGCGGGAAGUUGCCCAACUUUGGAUUUGUGGUCUUUGACGACUCUGAACCUGUGCAAAGAAUCCUGGGGGCCAAGGUAGAAGGGCCCAUCAUGUUCCGAAGCGAGGUGCGUCUGAAUGUGGAGGAGAAGAAGACGAGAGCAGUGCGCGAACGAGAGACCCGCGGGGGAGACGACCGUCGGGACAUGAGGCGUAACGAUCGGGGUGCUGGAGGUUCACGAGGUGUCGUAGGAAGCGGGAUGAUGCGUGAUGGGAGGGGACCGCCACCUCGUGGUGGCAUGGCCCCCAAACCUGGCAUGGGCUCUGGAAGAGGCUCCAGUGGCCAGGGAGAGGGUCGCUUCACAACCCCACGCCGCUGAGGAGAGCAACCCCUGCGGUGUGGAAGUAGUAUCGUGUUCUCCAUCUUCAGUCGUUCUUGUUAACGCAAAGAAAUCUUCAUGUAUAAAAGUAUAUAUUUGAGGUUUUUUUUUUUUUUUUGGUUUUUUUUUUUGUUUUGUUUUUUUUGUUUAAUUUUAUUUUUUUGUUCCCUCUUUGCUUUGGAAUGUGACACAGCCUGUCAACCAUUUAUUUGUGAAAUAGACAAAAACAAAAUAAGCAAACAAAAAAUGUCGCUUAUUAGUUGUGGGUUGAGCAUCCUUUUGGGGUAGCUCAAGACUUUAAUUUGUAAAUUCGUGAAAAAAAAAGGCAAACCAACCAGGAGAAAUCUGCCACAUUAGAAGGGACUGAUAAGACUUAACCACAGUAAUACAGCCCAUCAAAAGAGAUUAUAUAUGCCUUGACUUAACUGGGGCGCUGCUUCAAGAAAUCCCCUCUAUUGCACAUUUUAUAUGGUAUGGUUUCCUGCCCGCUACAGGUCGAGAAGAGUGAGAUGCAAAGUUUGUGCAGUUCCUGGGGAAAAAAGCUUGCCUUUUACUUUUUUGAGAGACCACUGCUUCAAAAUUACAUAAUGCACUCAUCAAUAUGCACUAAUGGGUACUUUUGUCAUGUUACGUUGACAUCGAUGCUUGGAAUGCAGCUGGAGAGACCAGUUUUGUCUCAAAGCGAUACGACUUACCGGGGCAGGCCUCACUCACAGCCCAUCUGCUGUGAUCAAUGUACUUUUCACACUUUUGACCCAAAACUACGCUUCAAUUACAGCUGGAUGGACAAGAUGACAAGCAAAUCUACAUGACAUACAUUUUCCUCAUUUAUGAAUCAAAAAAAAAAAAAAAAAUCCUGAAUUCCUGGACUUUCACCAAAUGAGUGAGGAGACAAAGGAUAAAUGAGAAACAAAGCUGAACAAUAGAAGAAUGGUAAUGAUAGGUUUGCUCUGUUUUUCUUUUGAGUUUUCUCUUUUUUUUUUUUUUUUUUUUUUUUUUUAAAUUCUGCCAGCUAGACUGCGAAACUGGGAUGGGCAACACCUCCCUCCCUCUUCCCUCCCUUCCUGUCUUAAGUGCGGAGAAAUCGAAUAAAUGUACAGCAAAAAUCAUAGUUUACUGUAUGUUUGGCUUUUCUGUGUAUAUUCAUUUCUCUCUCAACUUGAUAAAAGCAUGAUGGUGCCUUCUCUUUCACCUUUUCCAGUCUUACAAAAGCGAAAAGUGGUUUGGGGCUGCUACAAAGCUGCUCUUUUUAUUUUAUUUUAUUUUUUGAACUGGUAUCUGCUGACAGCAGAUUAAAAAAAAAUACUUGCAGUAUUCAUAAGAGUUAUGUUUUUCAGGUGCAUAUUUCAUUUUCCAUACUGUUUUACAACUACAGAUCUGCUGUGAGUUUUGUACAUUUGUUGUAAUUGUGUCCUGUUGUGGGUUUUGUAGAGACAAUAGGUGCCUCGAGUUCUGUUUGUUAAACAGUGAAGAGGUGCAGCCCUGCAUCUGAAGAACUUCUCCCUCCAAAAAAAAAAAAAAAAAAAAAGGUACAUUGUAGAUGGUGGCAGUGAAUUCUUGGUCUUUGGUUUAACAGGUCAUCACUCCGUACGACUAUGAUUUCAUUGAACUGAAGCUUCAGAAAUGUCUCAGAAUAAAAUUCAGACACUGAUCAACUCAUGGCAGCGCUCGGGUUAACCCCUGGACUCACAAGUUGUCAGACUGUUCUUUUUUUCUCAGCAACAAUUUUGUAACGAUCUGUACGAGUGGGCUGUCGGUCCCUCCAACCUACAGGCAAGCAAAUAACUGCACUCACUUUUCUAGCGUUAAAACAUUUGUAUUUUCAUAUGCUGAUUAUUCACUGUGCAUAUUUUUAUUCAGUUAUCUGAAUGCCAUACUUGUCAGCUGCUCCUUGUCCAUGAGCAUCUUUUUUUGUUGUUACCACUCGGUGAGGGAGGGAAGACCUUUGGUUUCAGCUGGAAAGGAAAACACGUGGUUUUAUUUUUAAUUUUGUUAUCUUGCACUGAAAUGGGAAGUAAAAUGAUGAUGUAGCAUUUUUCUUGACAAAUAUACUAACGAGGUCUUCCUUGUCUGGUGGUAUUGCACUAUUUCCAACAUUUCUGGGACAAUCGUGGCAGUCUGAACACACAGCCUAUCCAAAUUUUCAUUUGGCUAUUAAAAAGCAAACGCUCCUCUUGAUUAGAGUGUGAAAUGUUUUGCUCUCACGCGUGGUUCAAGCAGAUGCAGUAUACAGGCAUGGCAUAUUUGAGGUCGAUUUUUACAGUAAUGUUUGGUAAUUCUUUCUCGUGGUUGUAAAAUAUCUUCAGAUGUGAGAACAGUUUUUAAACUUAAUUUGUUGCCAUCAGCUUUUGACCUAAUAUUGCAGAGAAAUGACAGCUCUUUGGUCCUUGAGUGCCUCAACCCCCACCAAAUGUUUAUUUGUCAGGUAAUUGCUUAACGUGGGCACUUGAUUGCAAUCGUACUUUUUACAGAAAUGGUCACUGAAGAGAGCGGUGUAGAAGAGCCAUCAUGCUUUCAAACCAAUCUUGUGCUUUCACAUGUCAGUGGUGGUAAAAUGUUUGAGCAUAGAAAUUUAGAUUUGGAUAAUUCUUUUCUCACUGAAAUUUUCGAGGACUCAUCCCUUUCCAAACUCUAAAGGAUCCUUGAAAGAAAAACAAAAAAACAAAACAAGCUGUUAAUUUAUUUCUCUGUGGUUUAGAAGUGCAGUUAAUGGAUCCUCAUUGUAAAUCAUUCCAGUCUUUUUUUUUUAAUGGAAAUAGAAGUAUCUUCUUGGCUUUAGCAGGUGUGGUAAACAGUUGGCUGCCACCUUCAUUUUACUGUGUUUACCCUUGUUCCUUGUACAAAACUGUUGCAGUUGGAGGCUUUUUUUUUUCAAGUUUAGACUUUUAUUUCUUCCUUCCUUUCCAUUUUGAAUGUGUUGGACUUAACAUACAAUAAACUACUGAUAACAUCA